CCUGGUAUCUGCAAUGAAUGCCACCUCGCCAAAGUCAUCGCUGGUCAAGUUGGGCCUGCAUACCAACAAACAAAAGACUCUGAAGGUUAUGGUCUUGGGCCAAAGUGGCGUGGGAAAAACGGCCAUGGUGGUGCGUUUCAUUACCCGACGCUUUAUUGGCGAAUAUGAUCCUAAUUUGGAGAAGAUUUACACCUGCCAAACCACGCUGGACAAGGAGCAAAUCCAGUUUGACAUUCUGGAUGCCACCGGUCAGCUGCAAGAGCUAGAUGGCGUUAGUCUGGAGUCUAAUAUUCGCUGGGCCGACGCCUUUAUUCUUAUGUAUUCCAUCACAGACAAGUGUUCCUUCGAUGAGUGCAGUCGCUUAAAGUUCCUCAUCAAUUACAACAAACGGAGACGCAAGUUGGGCUCGGCCAGUAAAGACUACAUAUUGGAUAUUCCUGUCAUAUUGGUGGGUAAUAAGACAGAUCAACCGGGGGAUAGAAUGGUGAGCUUAGAGGAAGGUCAGCGUCGGUUUAAAGAGCUAUCCUGCGCCUGUUUUCAUGAGAUUUCCGUUAGGGAGAGUGUUGAUCAGGUUCAGAACGUCUUUCGCGAUGUUUUUCGCUUUUGGCGGGUCUUCAGUAAAUUCCCAAAGCUCAAGCGCUCUACAAGCGAUGUAGCCAAUACGGAUGGGGUGCUUACCCCCGAUUCGGGAUCCUGUUCCUUCUACGACGCCUCGUCCUUGGGCGCCGGUCGACGUUCCUUUCUGGUCAUCGGAAGCGCCUGCUUGGAGGAGAGCAGUGGUGACCACACGGAGUCCACGGAUGAGAUUGCCAGCAGUAGUUUGAGCAGUUCGCGCAGCGAUAUCGAUGCCCCUUUUCGAAGUAGAGCUUCAACGGAUGGAACUCUGUUGUCGCGACCGCGGAGAUGGAGGUAUCCACCGCCAGGAUGUUUAUUGCCACACACGAAUCGCGUGGAGCGACGGAUGAGCAUCUCCACCAGGGGCAGCAACGCCAGUUAUUGAGAGGGGAUUUUAAUCCGGGGCGGGUCGAGCUUAGUUAGUCAAAGUGUAGCGACAAAUAUAUAGCUAGAUGUUAUUGUCAUGGAAA